GACGUCCGCCGCUCUCAGUAGUGGCGAGCAGCAGCACAGCAGCAGCCAUCGGCCGGCGAACCCUCCCAGCAUGGCGGCUGCGGCGGCGGCGUCGCGGCAGCCCAGCCAGCAGCGGCAGCAGGGCGCCGGAUGCGGGAAUACGAUGUGCCUGAAGGGCCGGCGAAGGUCGCCUGUGCUCGUCGUGGUGGUGCGUGUGUGAGUGCCUUGGAUUACGCUGCCCGCGCCGACCGUGCCUGUGCGGUUCUGCGCGCGCUGAUCGGCGCCUCUGUAUGGUUCGGCGGGACUCCCCCACGCUGCCUGGUCGAGCAGGGACCCCCGGCCUGGCGACCGAGUCAGCGUUCGCCAUGAGCUCCAAGGAGGCGGCGUGCGCCCCGAUCCAGCUGGAGCCGGUGGACCUGUCGGUGAACAGCCGGAGUCGGUCGUCGUCGGCGGCCGGCCGGGGGCUGCCGCUGGACGAGCAGCCGACGCCACCUUCCUCGCCGCCUUCCUCGGCACCUUCGCCGGACAUCAACAAUGACGUGGCGGCACUGGCGCUAUUCACCUCGGCGGCAAUGGCGGCCCGGUUGGAGGCCCCCGGUGACCUGCCGCGGACAUCACCUACGUUGGCCGGCAGCCUACAGGAGCAGCUCCUGGCGUGCCGGACGACGAACGCCCUCCUGAAAACCAUCGAGGAGGCUUCCCUCAGGAAGAAUAAAAGACCGAGAACGGAGCCCUGCGGAACACCAGAUGCCACCGGAGCUGAAGGAGAGGCCGUGCCAUCAAUGAUUACACAUUGCCGCCUUGACAAGAGUGCGCUGCAGCAGCAGCAGCCUGCGUCGGCGCCGCUGACGCCGGCGCUGAGCAACGGCGCGGUGUCCGCCCGCCUGUGGCCUCCUCCGCCGUCCGUGCCGGUCGCCGCGGACUCGGACUUGCUGCGGCGCCGCAAGGUGCACAAGUGCGACUUCGAGGGCUGCCAGAAGGUCUACACCAAGAGCUCCCACCUGAAGGCGCACAAGCGGACGCAUACAGGCGAGAAGCCGUACAUGUGCAACUGGGAGGGCUGCACGUGGAAGUUCGCUCGGUCCGACGAGCUGACGCGCCACUACCGCAAGCACACGGGCCAGAAGCCGUUCAAGUGUGACAAGUGCCAGCGCUCCUUCUCGCGCUCCGACCACCUGUCGCUGCACCAGAAGCGGCACUGACGUCCAUCAGAACUCGCCGGCUCCAGCGGAGGCCGUUGUCGCCACUUGCUCAACUUCCCAGGCGCCCGGACCCGCCGCUGCUGCCGGCAGCGCCCCCUACCUCCGCAGCCGAGAGAAGAGAGCCGUUCCUAAUAUAUUGCCCACACCAGAUACACACGAGCAUUUGUAUAUUACACAUGAUAGGAGGAAGAGCAGGAAGAGGAGCAGAAGUCGCCGACGAUCGCGGCCUCAUUGGGCGGCAGAGGCUGCCUUCGCUUCGGACAUUUUGAUGGACCACUGCUUCUUUUGCUCUUGUUUUUUUUUAAACGGAUAUUUAUGCCCCCCACGCCUGUGGUCAGUGUGCUCAAAGGGACACCUCGAUGCCCAGAAAGUGCGCGAGCGUGUGUGUGUGCCUGCCGACAGAACUCUGCUGCAGGCGUGAACCGACUCGGCCAUCACACAUCGGGCAAUGAAUGUGGGCGUGUGCACACACAUAUUACACCCAACUUUUUUGUGCAUACAGACGACACAUGUACACAUAAUAAUGCCUGCGUUGUCGGCUUGACAAAUGAGCGCGUGGUGCUGACAGGCAAGCAUUCUUUUCGUACAAUGAUCUUUUGUUUGUGCUUUACUUUUGUUCUAUCUGUCCGGGUGUGUGACGCUGUCCGAGGUAAUUACGUGUGGAGAAAUGGAGUGAUGUUCUGUAAGGCAGGCCUUUGCUCGCACAGCGACGCAAACAUCCGUUUUUGUACUGGUAUUGUUAUCAUUAUCCAACAGAGUAGGGGUUUUAGCACACCGUUGUGGUGUGCUAAAAAAACUACAGGUCCUGGUCUGAUUCGCAAAAUAUGACAGGCCGUGCAAAAUGGUAUAUAACAAAACUGCAGAAUGUGACCAAAAACUCUGAGACCGCUGGCACGAAAUGCGGCUCCAAAUCGUUCUGUUCAUUUUUAUUUCAAAUGCUACAGGUUGCUUCGGCAUAUUGUCUGCCACUGCGCUGUCAAUGCUACACUCUCUGCCGCCUGCCAGCUAAAUCACCCCAUACAUAUUAACAGGCGUAAAUCUAGCAAGUUUACCAUACUCGGUUACAACCUAAGAAAGCAAGAAUGUCAACAUUGUGCACUGCCACUGCCAUUUCGCCUGAAACGAAUUGGCAUAUAUGCUCCAAUCAAUAGGGCUUAUUCGUUUUUCUGACGUCAAGGACUUAUGAAGUGUUUCACAUAAUUGACUUUCUCACACAAACAUAUGUGUAGCUGAUUUUAGCUCAAAUAAGGGGAAUUAACGACUAAGUCAAAGUAUGCAUUGAGAAAGAAUCUUACUAGGUCCAAAUGAAGAUCAUUUGCUUCGUGACCCCAGCAGGCAGAAGCAGAGUGUUCCACACUCGCAUCAUAGCUACGGUUGGCGCUGACCAACACUCCCAGGUUUAAAUGCACCGAUAUACCCGAUUAAGUGUGUGGGACAACAACCACCACCGUAUCUCAAUUGUUUAACAUCAAAUGCUUUGUUCAAAGAUUGCAAGUUUGCUCCCUGCCUGCGACAAGUUGUCUUUUUGCCCACUUUAAUUCCUUCACCUUUAUAUCAAAAUUACAUUAACAUCGCCUAUUCUUUCCUUGGCUUGAUUUUCUGUUGGUUGUCAUUUUAUAGGUCAGAAACUUCAUUGUGUUGGUAAAUAUUUCUGACAUCGCUGCUCAACCAAACGUUGUGUUUUAGCUAGCAAUGACAAGCAUUCAAUCAUUACUAUGCUUAGUGUGUACAUUAUCCAAGGAAAAGUAUUUGCGAUUCAAGCAGAAACUGACUAGCACGACAUUUUUUACAUUUGAAGAGCAGGCACACUGCAGUUCUGAGUGCUGAGCUGAAAUUUUUUUCAAGGUUGUAACCGAGUGUAGGCGGCGAGCGGUAUGCUCAAGCUUCCUCCUAUUGUUGUGGAACCCAUCAAUAUUGCAUCGUCUGCAUUCUAACAUGAGCAAGACAUAGUGGUGAACCCAUCAUUCUCCGAUUAAUAUUUUAUGGUGCAUGUUUUUAUUUCUUGAAGGCUCGUGCAGCUGGGAAUCACAAGCCUUAUUCGUUUUGUCACUGCAGAGUGGUAGAAGGCCAUCCUUCAUCGGUGACCUGCUUUCAAGGCACCUGUAAAGUGAGCGCUUGCACUGUUCAAGCUCCCUGCGUGCUUAUAGUAUAGCGGCAGUACUUAGUUUCUGUGAUGCACGCCCUGAUGUUCUGCGUGUCCCCCUCCAGCAAGCAUCCGUCCAAUCAAGGCGUAGCCUUCAGUGCUUGCUCUUCUCGCCAUGACCACUGCACAGGCUUCAGCUUUGUGACGCCACUUUGCGUUCCUGUCCUCCAGUACUCAGCUAAUGCCGCUUGCCUGUUGCCCUCACUGCAUGUUCAAACUAGGGUUUCUGAGGCACUUGUGGAUGGUGCAGGGGUCUGACUUUUGAUAUAGAGGAUGUCAUCAGUGAACCUGUUAGCCCUCUACAUGUCCUGUUGUUUCCGUUCCUGUCGAACCUGUACAUUUAAGCUUGGGACGAAUUGCUAAAUGCUCACCUUGGACUUUGCUGGAAGUGGCUACCUGGCUUCUUUGAACGUGACCUUUGCCUGUUCGCUGUAAUAAUUGUUUUGUGCUUGAAAAACGUACGUCCCACUUCUCUGUUGCGCAUCCAUGCUGUGUCCUAAAUAGACCAUGCUCUGCAAAUUUUGCAGGUGCAAUUCCAACAGUUACAUUAAACUAAAGAGCUACUUGGUAGAUUAAAGGUGCUACAGAGAAAAAAAAAUACAACCUAGAAAAGAGCUGAAGUGUGGUUGCUCGGACUCUACGUAAAGUCACUUGUUGUAGUGCUGCCAUUUUCUUCCUUUGUUUGACAUGGUUUCCAACUUGCUCACAGCUUGCUUUGCGACAGUGCGAUGGUAUGAAGGCGUCUUGUGGGCAGAAUCCUGUAGUAGGAGAACUGGGACCAGCCGACACGCGAGGCACCUGUAUUGAUGCCUUCAAGGCGCACGUGGGUUCUGAAUUCACACAGUGCUGCUGCAAACGGUGUGGUGGCGUCAAGUGUCAAAAGCUUUGUAUUGAUUUCUAUACUUGGGCUCGUGCUGAUAGUUAUUUUACUUGCCACGAAGAUAUACGUGCGGCUGCACGGUUGUACAUUACAUCUUUCUCAAAGCCAUUGUGAAAGCAGCUUGGUUUUCGAUUGAGCUUUCUCGCAUGGUACGGACAGAAAUCUUUUUUUUUUCUUUAAUGCCAAAACCUAGCCGCUUCAUUGGGGUGCUAUAGACUACUGAGGAAAUUUUUUUAUCAGUCAAUAAAUGGCCUUAGCCACAUAUAGUAAGCAAAAAUUGCCAUCUGAAAUCUAUCGAAAACAGCUUCCUCUGCAGGCAGAAAAAAAACUAUGUCGUUUGAAUUCCAGUGGCUUGCAUCACUAGUUCAUUCGCCAAACUGCUUUGUAUAGCCAGUCCUCAAUGGACAUUUCUCGUUCGUUAUGGGCUAUGUGCUCUUUUGUGAUGAUGGUUCCAUAACACACAACAUUCCAUUCUGAACACACCAAGAAUACGGAAUGGGCGUCCGUUACUUGAUUAUUGUUGUUUUAGAAUGCAGUUUCUAUUUAGGCAAGCUCAAUGUGAAAACAUAAUCAUAGUAUCGAAAAAAGGACAACGACCAAUCAACGAAAGUAACAUAUUAAAAAGUGAUCAGAGACAAAGAGCCUGGGCGUGGACAAGUUUUAAAAAUAGACAAAUAUCUCUGCUAUUCAUUACAGCUCAAUACACCUGUCUUGUUGUUUUUAUUUAUUACUUUUUUUUUUGCGGAAUGUUAUGCCUCACGAAAAAUAAUCAUCCAAGGCUAGGAAUGCAAGUAUUACUUUGCACACUUAUGGAGAAUGGGAGUCGAGUUGAUUCGUCGUGUAAGAUGUCAGCUUAGAAGAAUCGGAAGAUUUAAGAAGUACCACCUGGUUCUGGUAGUAUUUAUUACUAAAUCAAGCUACCCCAGGCAUAUCUUGAGGUCUUGCGAGCUCGAUUCAGUUCCAUCUUCGGCACGUUAGCAGUUCCCUCGUUCCAAGCCAGAUAUUCCCAAUACUAUCACUCAUCUUUGUGCACCCCUUUCCCAUUCUCCUUCUCACGGUAGCGAACUGGACUUGUGUCUGGUUAAUAUUUCUGCCUUCUUUCUUGUUCUCUUCCUUACUUACCAUUGAGUGUUCGCGAGCGCAAGUAAGGAAAUUUUCGGAAUAAACCCCUGUACCGCUCUAUUCGAGUGCAUAUGCAGGAUGUGCAAGAAACUGUGCAGCCUUUGCCGCAUGAUGAUAGACUGUCCCAGAUCCAAAUAUCCCAAAAGCAAGAGAAAGAAAGAAAGGACAGGAACAGGAAAAAUCAUCUCCUGUGUCUUGAAGGCCAACACAGUGAACCAAGUCCAGGUCGUAUCAAAGGCAAAUGGCCGUGUGUGUUGAGAUUGUCACUUUCUUUGACUUCGGGCCAAGGAUGAAGACGCCACUUUAGCUCCUGAAACAUAGCACGGUUCUUGUUCUGUUCUUGAAUCGCUCAGACUGAACAGGUACCAGAGGCAUGUUUAGCUUCCCUCCUCUUAAAUUACCUGAAACGCGCACGAACACACGUAUAGGUGAGCCGGCCCGCCCCCGCCCUCCUUCCUUGAAUAAUAAUCUUGGACACGACCAUGGACGGGUCAAUGCAUUGUCCGCAAAUACAGCAACUCUGAAGCAGACUCACUGGUUGUGCGACUUCAUCGUGUGACACUGUAUUGGGCCAAAAGGUGAAAUAUUCGUGCACAUGGGCUGUCCCUGGAGCCGGCGUUUCGACAAGCAGAUUUCUUCAAGGCCUCAACGCCUUCUGUAGCAUUUGACCUAACUGUUCAGAACUCUCAUUGGACUGUGAAACUGCGUUCUCUUUAUGCGACGUGACAUUUCAACGUUUGCCUUCAAAAAAUUGAACCUGGCUAAGAACGUUGUUGAACAUUCUGAUUGAAUUUACAGCAUGGCGCAGCCGGCGCUCGUGUUUGUGUGUUCAUUUUGGCUUUUUUUUUAAACUGUAUGAGAAAUGGCAAAAGUGUAAAUCCCUAACUACACUUGCGCGUUGCAACACGUGGGCGCGUGUCGUGUAGACUCGGUACUGCGCACUUUCCCUGUGGAGAUGGAGGGCACGCACCUUCGUGUAGUCGCGCGCCCUCUUCCUACAUAAGGAGAGGGCGCGGCACCGAGUUAACACGCCGCGUGAUGGCGCUACGCAUGGUUGGGGCUCAAUGUGUGUGCGGUCCGAAGCUCCGUUCUACGUCGCAGCUGUGCUGGAGUAGUGCCUUCGCAUGCAAGAACAGUCGAGUGAGCUUUUCCUACUGCACUUGAGUGGGGUCGUUUCUUUGGCCAAGUGGUUGUGCCUGCUUCGCUUCCAGCGGGCUCUAUUCCUGGGGCUGUUACCGUUUUCGCCACGCUGUCGCUGCUUCGCGACGCAGUGUGACCGCUUCUACCCAGGUUGUUCUUGUCCGGUAUGGGUGCACACCUAGGGCGUACUCGAGAUAUGCGAAUGGAUUUAACUGUUGUUUCGCUGUUGGUCUAGUAGUCGUUGUUAUUGGCGGCGGGCGUUACUUUGUAAUUGUCUUCUGUAGCAUUGAGCCCUUCGUUGCUCUCGAUUGAUGUGCUCACACCUACAGUGAACUGUUAUCGACACAGAGAGAUUUGCUGCCGAAAACGACAUGAAAGUGUAGAUACAAUCCAAGGUCGUAAUAUAUAUAUAUGUAUAUGUAAACAUACCGCAUACACAUGUUUUAAGCGUGUUCUGAGCUGACGAGCGCGUUAUAAAUGUGCGUGCGUAAUCUCUGAAACCAAGACAAUAGUGAACGGCGAACACGCCCAGCGAUAAGUGUGGUGUGGAUGCAUUUUCUUUUUAGGCCUAUAGCUUUUCCUCCAUUCUUUUUCUCUCCACAACACUAUAAUGAACAAAACAAAAGAGGAAAUUGUCUCCUUGUGGGGAAGGAGGGGGACAUAAGAAAACUUGUUAGCUCAAUCACGUGUUCGUUUAGGAAGGCGGCCAGCCUUGCUUAACACUCUGGGAACGUUAUUCGGCGGCCUCACCGUGUUCCUGCCCCCUUUUUGAUGGUUGGGUUGUACGUACUUUUGUUUUUCUCGCCGCGUGGCCAUUGAUGGGAGUUUUAGCUCGUGCUUCAACUUUACGGAAUACCGAGGGUGUGAAGCGUUGAUGGCAGCACCACGUUUUGUUGAUGAGCUCAAUCAGAGUACGAACAAGUCAAAAUGCGAGAACAAUGUCUUGCAAUGCUGUUGGGGUGUAAAAUCAGUCGGUGUGCACAUAAAUCUACAAACAAAAACCCCGAAAAAUGAAAAAAAUGUGUGUAUUUUUUUAUGAAAGUGUCGCUACCAGCGGUGCCACCAGAGGUACUUCGAAAUGAUUACGAUAUAGUUAAAACAUUUCCGUAAGUGUGAUGUAGUUCACGAAAUAGCUGGUUUAGGAAGACACUUAUGUCCAGUGUUGGUGGUACCAUCUUUCUCUGCGUAAUUUACAGCAGGACAGCCAGCUCUUUGCUGAUUAGGCCACAUUCUUCUGACCAUAAAUGACGGCAACAUCUUAUUGUCGCACAGACCUACACAUUUCUAUGAAGACGAUAUAAUACAACGCCCAAGGACAAAAACAAUUCUAACGCGUUGUGAUCGAACAAGGCCACACAAGGUGUGCCUCCCCAUUGGCAUUAACGCAGCCGUCUAAGACCCUCCCGGUAUUCCGUGAAAAAAAAAAGGGGGGGGGGGGUUAGAUUUUUUACAGGCUAGCUAACGCUUUUUUGGUGUCGCCGUCCCGGCCACCACGUUGAAUGGGUGCCUUGGCCGUUGUUCCUUGCUCGCUCUAUCGGGGCACUUUGCCGUUAAAGAGCGCGCCGCGACUUGUAUCGCGUGCCUCUCCUGUGGAAAAUGGGAUGUCGUCACCUGAGGGUUCUGCUCACACUGUGAUUCCUCGAGCAAAACUCGACGCGGAUAUUAUUUUUCCUACAAUAAAUACUUGUGCAAAGAAC